AUGCCUGGACAGUGGAAAGAGAAAGUGUUGAAUGCCUUGGGCAUAGGCCAGCAUUCCGAAAGGAUGGACCGAAACAUACCACCCGGCCUAACGCGACAUCAACAUCCAGCUCGCGUGCAGAUCCUCCAUGAUGAGCGUCCACUCUCCUCACCUCCCAAUCAGGGCACCUAUCCGCGUCUGGCUCGACUAGCAGACAGUUCCCUCCUUUCUUCCUUUACUCGGUUCCCUAGUGGCCAAAACGCACUUUGCGUUGCACGCAGUACAGAUGGAGGACGGACUUUUCACCAUUUCGGCGAGGUGACACGAGCCACGGGAGAGAUCGACAAUCUUUUCCUCCUGGAAGUGGUCCCUGGCAUUGUACUGGCAGCUUUCCGCAAUCACGAUCUGGGUCCAAAUGGACCCACGCAUUUCCGCAUCACUGUCUGUAGGUCCACCGAUGGUGGCCGUACCUGGCAGUAUGCGUCUCAGGCGGCCGAGAAGAGUCCUCCCUGGGGUAUUUGGGAACCAUUUAUGCGACUAGGCCGCGCAGGUGAAGUUCAACUAACCUAUUCGCAUGAAUUCGCGCACAACAAUCAGUGCACGAUGCGAGUGGUCUCGAACGACCAUGGUAGUACCUGGAGUCAGGCCGUCUGUCUGUACGGUAAGGAGGAUCCUUUGCGAGAUGGUAUGAAUGGCAUUGCAACCACUCUUGACCACGGUCGUGAGGUGCUGGUUAUGGUUUUUGAGACCACGCGCCAUGGAACAUUCAGCAUUGAAGCAUUGCUAUCCUACGACGAUGGUGCGACUUGGGCAGGUCGCCAGGAAGUGUUUUGUCCUCGUGCAGGACACAACGCUGGCGCUCCGCAGAUUGCAGCAUUUGCGGACGGGUCCCUGGUGGUGGUGUUCAUGACGGACGAGGACUCCGAUCAGGUUGAGUGGGUGAAAAAUGCAUCGAUCAAAGCCAUCUUUGCGGAUCCACCUGAAAACGGGCAGAUCUCAUGGAGCAAGCCUUGCCUGGUCUCGCCUGCGUCCAGCGUUUGGCCGGGGGUUCUCGCUCUGGAUCAGAAGACAGCGCUGGUGACUUAUGAUCGCGGCGGGCCCCUGGUCAGAACCGUCUUGCGGCAGCUCGAUUAG